UCGCCCAAAAUUAAAAUGAGUUCCGGAUUUGUUACUGAAUCCGAGGCGGCCGAAGUACGCCAGCGUCGCCAGGAAGAAUGGGAACGCGUCCGCCAGCCCGAAGAUCCAAUGGAGAGACCCGAGGAGCCAUACGACGGUCGCUCGCUGUACGACCGCCUGAAAGAGCAGAAAACCAAAAAGGAUAUGGAAUUUGAGGAGGCACACAAACUGAAGAAUCUAAUACGCGGCCUAGACGAUGACGAGGUGCAGUUCCUGGAGCUGGUCGAUGCUCACAAAAUGAAUGCAGAGCGCCAACAGAUGCGCGAUGAGGAAAUGGAGCUAAAAGAUUUUCGAAAUCGCGUCGAGAAACUGCACGAAGAGAGCGUCGAUAAGAAACUGCAAGCGGAGUUAAAGACGACAGCUAAAUCCAUUGGUACUCCGGUCACAGCGCGUAAUACACAGAAAUCAUUAUUAGCACAGGGCAUUAAGCGUAAAAAUGGUGAAUCGCCGACCACCAGCAAAGUGUGCAGAGUGGAGCAAGAGCAGCAGGAGACACCAGCUGCAUCGACGCCCGCUAUCUGUCGCAUAAGUACAACCAAACACGAUGUAGGCGGGCUCAAAUGCAUCGCCAUAUUGCCGGGCAUUGCAUCCUAUACGGAUUCAAGCGACUCCGCAUCGAGCACCGAGGAUGAGGAUCAUGGCAGCAGUCUGGUUGAUAUGUGUGGUCGCAAGAUGCCCAAGAAGAAACAGUGCGCCGAGUAAAUCAAAUCUUGAGGAAUUUUCUUUUUGUGUGUAUUUUUGUUUUUGUAGAGGGGAAAACAACCACAAGAAACACAGUUUUCUAUUGGAUUCUUAAUUAAUUAAUAACGUUUGCUGCAGCGAAUUAUAUAAACUAGCGGAUAAAACGGUU